AGCCCUGUACCCACCCACUGAACAAAACAAUUAGAUAUAACUUCUUUCCAAGGAAUAAUGGUGACGCAGUCAAUCAUUCUUAAUCCAACUGUAUAAAACGCUGGAGGACACAAAAGGGGUUAUUUUACCCGACGCCUCAACUACGAAGAACGCACUUUAACCUCCCAGGACGCAUCGCCAGACUAUCUCUCGCCAUGUCCAUUGUUGCCAGUCGCAGUAGUAUCCGUAGAUACAGCUCAGGUAGCGGUGUCGUUUCGACUGGCCUCAGUUCGUCCGAUAGGAUACAAUUUUCCAGCGGUUUGGGAUACGGUAGGUCCCGUAUGAGCGUGUCCUCUGUUGGCAGCAGUCGCUCGCCGAGUGUAUAUGGAGGUGCCGGGGGAUACGGCACCCGUAUCUCUCACUCCUCCUUCUCUAUGGACGGGCCAGGCCAGAUCACUAUCGGUGCCAACGAGAAGCAUACCAUGCAGAAUCUGAACGACCGUUUGGCCACCUACCUGGAAAAGGUGCGCUCUCUAGAGACAGCCAAUAGCAAGUUGGAGUUGCAGAUCAAAGAGUUCUACGAGAUGAGAUCACCAACUCACAAGAAGGACCUCAGUGGGUUUUAUGCCACCAUCACAGACAUCCGUAACAAGAUCCAUGCCAGGUCUGUGGAGAACUCUCAGAUGAUCCUGCGGGUGGAUAAUGCCAGAGUUGCAGCUUAUGACUUCAAGAUGAAGUUAGAGACAGAGGCUAACAUGAGGAUGACGGUGGAAGGGGAUGUGGCUCGUCUGAGAGGAGUGCUGGACAGCUUUACGCUCACCAGAGGAGAGCUGGAGAUGCAGAUUGAGGUGCUGAAGGAGGAGCUGGUCUAUCUCAGGAAGAACCAUGAGGAGGAGAUGCAUUUGAUGCGGACGCAGCAGUGUGGUGCUGUGAAUGUGGAGAUGGACUGUGCUUCCUCAGUGGACAUGAGCAAGGUGCUGGAGGAGAUGAGGACCCAGUAUGAGGGCAUGGUGGCGAAGAACCAGAGAGAUGCUGCCAAGUGGUUUGAGAGCAAGGUGGAGGUGCUUCAGAGCCAGAUCACCACCAGCACCACAGAGGUGAAGACCUCUCAGUCUCAGGUGACCAACCUGAAGAAGACCUUCCAGAGCCUGGAGAUUGAACUGCAUGGCCUGCUCACUCAGAAGGGGUACCUGGAGCAGAGCGUCGCUGAUAUAAAUGGCCGCUACAACUCCCAGCUGAGCCUGCUGCAGGUUCAUAUCAACAGCAUGGAGGAGGAGCUGCAGCAGCUCAACGUCAGCAUCCAGCAGCAGGCCUCUGAGUACCAGAUCCUCCUGGACAUCAAGAUGAGGCUGGAGAUGGAGAUCGCUGAGUACAGGAGGCUGCUGGAUGGAGAGGGACUCAGUAAGCAUGUGGAGACCAGACAGGAGGUCAGGAAAGUGAUCGUGGUCGAGAAGGUCCAUGAAGUUCAACAAGUCCAGGAAGUGGUGGAAGAGUAUAAUCCACACAUGCAGAAGCGGGUGAGGGUGAUCGUGGAGGAGAUGGUGGAUGGGAAGGUGGUGUCCACCUCAGUUGAUGAGAAGGUCCAGGAUAUGAACUAACUGAGAAGGCCAGAUAGUUCUGGAAUCUGGUGAAGCGGUAACGGACCAAACAUACCCCUGGACCACACAUACCCCUGAUGACGGGUGUUCAAGCCCCGUCUAUAUAUAUAUAAAUAAUGUCAUGGUCGCAUACUGUAAUAUUUCCCUUCUAACAGGAUUGCAUCAGCUGAAUGAUAACUGAUGUAAUUUACUCACAUUACCUUAUAACUCUUAUAUGGCUCUAUCAUAUGGUAAAUGGAAUAUUAUUUCUAGUGUGCUUUUCCUUUUGUUCCAUUUGUUGCCACCAGGUGACGUCUCUCAUUUUAACAUCUUUGGCCAGUGCAAUUAAAAGUGAAAAUGAUUGUGUGAAAAGUGGAAACAGAUUAUUCCAGUUACAUAAGUGACAUCAGGGAAAAUAUGACUUACGUCAUCAGCCAUUAUAAAGCUAUUUUAGCUCCAUUAUAUCCUCCCAGGUCCACAAGCCAUGUAUGUUCUCUGCACUCUAUGACAAGGUUAAAGUUCAUGUUCUGUAGGCCUAUGACACUGACACUACAUGUUACAUUUGGCUGUUGAUUAAAUAUAGAUGUCAAUGCCUUUCA